AUUGCCUUCACCCUUCCUGGCGUGCUUAACUUUUUUAUCCUAAAUUGAUUUAGAUGCAUAUUUGUGAGAGACAUGAACACAUGAGAAACAAAUUAUUAUCCAGCACUUCCCUUUAAUAAUAAACAAAAUUAACUGAAUAAAGUACGAAUCUUUCUUAAACAGAAACCUGUCUUGCUUAACUUAAAACUGUAUACAUUAAUAUAAAACAAUAGGUAGAAAGCAGAACAUCCAUCCGGAAAUAGUGCAUAUUUUUAGUGGAAUAACAAAAGUGCAAACAGAACGUGGUGGGGUGACUCAGCCCACCAUGGGCAACAGUGUUUGCUUUUUCCCAUUCCUCCUGGUAUUUUUGCAUCCUUUUCUGAUUUUCUCGGAGGAGUACGAGUAUAGCUGCUCGAAGCUGUACCGCCCCGUAAACAAGUGUUCCAGUUUAACUGGCGGGCAUGGCUUCUGGCGACAUUCCAGAUGUUGAGGCUGUUUUUUAAGAGCCGGUGGCAGAUUCGUCAUUUUCACAAAGCGCCUGUGUGUGAAGUGCGGUGAUCUACUGAAGGUCUUGCUGAAAUAAAAAUCCUACAAAAACCCUUCACGAGUUCAUGUGUCCGUGUCAGCAUCACGUUGAGACCGCAAUAUACAUUUAAAUGGUAAAAAAAAAAAUAGUAAAAAAUCCUUGAUCGGGAUUCGAAACAACAAGCUAAACACUAUAAGCUUCUAGCCUGAUGACGAUAUCACUACGCCACCGAGUCGCUGAAAUGUACACCGCGCGUUAGAUAAAUGUCUCGUUCUUUGCUUUGUCAGAUGUAUAUCACCAGAUGUGCUUUAAGGUAACGCCCAUGUCAUCUGGUGAUAGUCCGAACACAGAAUAAACGCUUUAAACGUAAUACCAGGCUUUACAAAUCUGACGCUCCUCUUCAUAGGAGACACAGGGAGCAUUGAAGAACACACACGCGUCACCAGCUCCACUCGAAGUGCUUUUGUUUGUCGCUGGUGAUCAUUACAACGCGCACACACCAAACAACAGGUACAUGUAAACAUCCCUCACAUCAACAAGGCGGAAGCUCGAGCGGUGUUUUCAUGAGUUAAGUUGGUGAACGUGCUUCUAAUGGACGUGUGGAGCUACACGUGUCCUCCUGUGGCUGCUGGUUAAAGUCAGCGGACGGGAUUUUAAAAGAUGUUCUCGUUGUUGUCGAUGAUCAGGUUCUGUCAUCGGAGAAUGAAAACAAGCCAAACGCUCAUCACAGAACGGGUGUGUUGGUUUGUCGUAGCUUCUCUUUCAGAGAAAUAUGGCUCAGUGUUCACUGUUUACUUUGGACCUGAUAAAGUGGUGGUGCUGGCUGGAUACAAGGCGGUCAAGGAGGCUCUGGUCAGCUUCUCAGAGGAGUUUGGAGACCGAUACAUCUACCCCAUGUUUUAUGAAAUGAAUCAAGGUCAUGGGAUCAUUUUUGCAAACGGAGAGUCGUGGAAGGAAAUGAGGCGUUUCGCCCUCUCCACCCUGAGAGACUUCGGGAUGGGCAAAAGAGUAAUUGAGGAUAAAAUCGUGGAGGAGUGCCAGUUCCUGAUCCAGAUGUUCGAGGAGCACAAAGGGAAACCUUUUGAUACAGCAAAUCCAUUAAAUUAUGCCACGUCCAACAUCAUCUCCUCCAUCGUGUACGGGAGCAGAUUUGAAUACAACGACCCUCGGUUUCAAAACCUGGUGAGAAGAUCGAAUGAAAGCAUUCGAUACAGCGGCGCCGCUUCAAUCCAGAUUUACAACAUGUUUCCCAGGUUGUUGGGUUGGAUAAGAACCCGGCAGCUCAUAUUACAAAAUCUCCACUCGAGCAUCAGGGAUGUGAGAGACUUAAUCAAGCAACUGAGAGAGACGCUGAACCCGAACUCCUGCAGGGGGUUAGUGGACUGUUUUAUGGUUCGGACACAGAAAGAACAGGACUCUUGUGUUACGGACACUCACUACAAUGACUUAAACUUAAUUUUUACGAUAACAAACUUGUUUGCUGCUGGAACCGACACCACUGCAAGUACACUCAGAUGGGGUUUGCUGUUUAUGGCCAAACAUCCCCAUUUACAAGACAAAGUCCAGGAGGAGCUGAGCAGGGUGAUCGGAGGCCGUCAGGUUCGGGUGGAGGACAGGAAGAACCUGCCGUACACGGACGCCGUCGUCCAUGAGACGCAGAGACUGGCCAACAUUGUCCCCAUGUCCAUUCCUCACAAAACCAGCCGAGACGUCACCUUCCAGGGCUUCUUUAUCAAAGAGGGGACUAUUGUGUUUCCUCUUCUAUCUUCUGUCCUGGCUGAUGAGAGCGAAUGGGAGACCCCACACACUUUCAACCCGUCCCACUUCCUGGACAGCGAGGGUAAAUUCAUCAAGAGAGACGCCUUCAUGCCCUUCUCUGCAGGCCGCAGAGUGUGUCCCGGAGAGAGUCUGGCAAAGAUGGAGCUCUUCAUCUUCUUCGCCUCCCUCCUUCAGUGCUUUCGCUUCACUCCUCCACCCGGAGUGGAGGAGGAUGAACUGGAUCUGACACCGGCUGUGGGCUUCACCCUCAGCCCUUUACCUCAUGAGCUGUGUGCGGCUCGUCGCCAGUGAGGGAGACGGCCAGAGCACUGGAUUAAAACAGCCUUUGCCAUUUGAAUAAAUAGUUUUUCUUCUAUUUUUCAUGCUGUCCAAAUCCUCGAGAUCAAGAGCUGUGAACAAAGUCAGAUCUGCAUCAGGAUACAGAACUGAUCUGAGAGGAUGAUGAACAAAUUAAAGAUGGGAACGCAGAUUAACCUGUUCUUUUUUAUAUAUAUAUUGAUAGAAACUUGAUGUAUUAGGACUUUUAUAGUAAGAGAAGACGAGAGGGUAUUCCUGCGUUUCAGCAUGUGGGGAUUUCUUUUUACAAACUGAUUUACUUUUCUUUUGUACAAUUAGUCAGAGAUGAUUUCCCAACAAAUUGUUGAUAUCAGUGUCUAUUGUGUUUAUUUUAGCGCCUACGUCUUUAUUUCUACUGGAUAAUAUAAAGUGAAAUUACAAUACAAUGUUCAAAAUGUUUUGAUGUUAGCAAAUAAAUAAAUAAAUAAUUAUUUCAUAAAGGGGAAA